GAUGCGCGCGUGUGGCAAUGCCCAUCCAUCGCGAUGGGGGAUGCCGAGCGCAGCGCGGAGCCGGAGCGCGCGGAGCCGUCGCGGGGAGCCAGGAUCGCCUUCCUCCCCUUCCUCUUCCUCCUGCUCCUCCUGUGCAAGGUGCGCGGCCACGAGGAGCCCGAGUGCCGGCUGCCGUGCGAUUGCCCCGCCGAGCCGCCCGCUUGCGCCCCCGGCGUACCGACGGUGCUGGACGGCUGCGCUUGUUGCCCGACGUGCGCUCGGCAGCGCGGGGAGAGCUGCUCGCGGCUGAUGCCCUGCGAUGAGAGCAGCGGCCUCCACUGUCACCGGGACGCAGGGAGCGAGGCUGGCUUGGGGGUCUGCGUGGACCUCGAAGGAGACAACUGCGUGUUCGAUGGGAUUAUUUACCGGAGUGGCGAGACGUUCCAGCCGAGCUGCAAAUACCACUGUACUUGCCAAGAUGGGCAGAUCGGCUGCAUACCCCUCUGCAGCCUCGACUUGCUGCUUCCUGGGCCCGACUGCCCCUUCCCAAGGAAAAUCGAGGUCCCCAAGGAGUGCUGUGAGCAGUGGUCGUGCGACCCCAAAGCAGAUGUGGAUGUCGGAGGCUUUGCAAUGGCAGCAUACAGACAAGAAGCCACCCUUGGGAUCGACGCAUCCGAUUCGAGUUCCAACUGCAUCGAGCAGACGACAGAGUGGAGUGCGUGCUCCACGAGCUGCGGAAUGGGCUUCUCCACUCGGGUCACCAACAAGAACGCAGCGUGUGAGAUGGUGAAGCAGACCAGGCUCUGUGAGGUGCGGCCUUGCGAAAGUGCUCGCCUGCCAGAUAAGAAGGGGAAGAGGUGUGUCCGCACCAAGAAGUCUCCGACACCUGUCCACUUGAAGUACGACAACUGCACCAGCAUCCAUCUGUAUAAACCCCGUUAUUGUGGCAUCUGCAGUGACGGACGUUGUUGCACCCCCCGGGCCACGAAAACCAUCCACGUGGAUUUCCGCUGUCCUGAAGGCAACAUUAUCAGGCACCCUGUGAUGUCCGUCACAAACUGUGUUUGCCAUGGCAACUGUCCUCAGGAUAACAACACUUUCUAUAGAAAGCUCCGCCGAGCCGGCUGAUUGCAAACACAUAACUGAUGACGAUUUCCAAAAGGGGGUGAAUAUUUAAUAUGUAAAAAGUUCCUUAAAAGCGAAGCGUGGAAAUGGGCAGCGAACAAUAUUACCCUGCUGGGUGUCUCUUUUUACUUUUUGGGAAAGAAAAAGUACUUUAAAGAUGCAAUGUGAUUUCCAUCUGGUUCUGUAAAUGACCCAGCUCAGUUCCUGUGGAGUUCCUUGAAAUCUUUCUUCAAGCAUUGCCACCCCGUCGUAAUAUUAGUCCCGGGGGGAGAAAUGUAACAGCUCAGCAUGUUACAUCUUUUAUUAGUAUAAGGGUUUCUUAGAACCUCUGCAAGCACUAAAACUUCUUGGUCCUC